AUGACGCGAGAGGCUGGAAAAUCAGGGAGAAAGAAUUCGGGAGUGAAGAGACGAGGAGAAGGAGGGGGUGAGAGUUUGGAAGGGCACACUGCUAUCGGAUGUGAUGAGCUGAUGCUGCUGCAUGAGGAGGUCGGCAGUGCCUCUCUGCAUCCUGAGCGUCCGGACCGACUGCGAGCCAUUCUGGCAUUUCUUAAAGGCGCAGGUUUGUUCCCAGGUCUAUGUAAGGCAUGGGCAUCAGAGAGUGCAGCAGAUGACCUUAUUCUCAAUAGCCACACGGCCAAGCAUCUAGCAAUGGUGGACAAGGCAGCUUCAACUGACACCAGUGCGUUCAACGCGGACACAUACGCCAACCGGUGGUCGCCAGCAGCAGCGCGCCUGGCAGCGGGGACAGCAGCCACCAUGGCUCGCGCCAUUGCCACCGGCCGCCUCCUCAACGGCUUUGCUCUGGUGCGGCCGCCAGGACACCAUGCAGGGACGGAGGGGCCUCAGGGCUUCUGUCUGCACAACAAUGCAGCUGUGGCAGCCAGGGCAGCGCAGGCAGAAGGGGCUAAGAAAAUCCUGCUGCUUGACUGGGACGUGCACCAUGGCAAUGGGACACAGCAAAUCUUUGAGAGCGACCCUUCUGUGUUCUAUGUGUCCAUCCAUCGCCAUGAAGGGGGGUCCUUCUUUCCCGGCAUUGGAGCGCCCACAGAA